AUGCUGCGAGACGACCAACGCGGAUGGGCGUGGACACGAGCAUUACUUGGUGUGGCUGCAGACGAAGUGCAUCUCUGCGGCGAAUCGGCAGCCAUCAACAUAGUAAAGAAGCUACUUGAGCCCAUUGGAGAGCACGUUGAGGUACGGUAUUAUGAGAGGAAGACAUCAUUGACGAUAGCGAAUCAGGGACUAGGAUCACUGGAUAACGUACAACCUGGUGACUGCAUAGUAUGCUUCAGCCGUAAGGCGAUUUACAGCAUCACGAAAAACCUUGAAAAAUUGGGUGUGAAACCUGCUGUUAUUUAUGGAGAUUUGCCGCCUGGCACUAAACUUGCUCAAGCAGCAAAGUUCAACGACCCCAGUGAUCCAUGCAGUGUUUUGGUGGCCACUGACGCGAUUGGGAUGGGUCUCAAUCUGAAUAUCCGUCGAAUAAUCCUGUCAUCAUGUACCAGACAGGGCGAGCUACUGCCCAAUUACGCCGCUCUUCAGAUUGUUGGAAGAGCUGGACGGUAA